GACAGUGAGAAGCCUGCUUUAGAUUCUCUCUCUCUCUGGAUUAUAGUAAAUAGUAAAGCUACCUAUAAUUCUGUUAAUUUCCUCAAGUUACUAUUCCUUGAAUUUAUUUCACUACUGGUAGAGAUGGAGAUAAUAAUAUCUGUUUCACAGGGCCAUAAUUAUAGUUCUUCACACACUGCCUUCUCAUAGGAGGCCUUUUGUAAAUGUUUUAUUUCAUUCAAGGUGAGUAAAAUCAGAGUGGUAAAAGAUGAAAGUUAAUCUCAGUGUCCUUUUUCAGAGAAAUUGCUAGAAAGCAACAUAGCUAAGCAGAAAUUGUGCUUCACUGAGACAUCUGCAGCUUAACGCCUUGUGUCUUGUCUUCCCAUUUCAUUUUUCAUGACUGCUAUAGUUGGUUGUGUUUUGGACCACAGGCGUAGCCAGGCCCUGAAAAUCUAAAUGUGACUACUACUCUGCCCUGCUUUUAAUGGAUUUACAGUCUAUUCAGGAAAGCAGGGAAGCAUAGUUUCAGGAUAAUUAAGUGAAUGAAGACAGCAAAACGAAUUGGGUGCUGGUUAACUGAUGGAAAUUUUAUGAAGGAAACUGCUUUUGUGGUCCCCAGCUUUAUGUGCACACACACGCAUACACAUACUCACAUACACUCACACACAGCAGGUUUUCUGAUGCUCCAGCCACACUGGAGGAAACAAGUGCAAAUCUGCCACUCCCAUGAAUUCAAGAUGAAUCCUGGCACAUAGUAGGAGUUCAAUUUUUUUCAAAGUUAAUUUUGAAUCUUUAUCACCCUGUCCAAUGCACUAACAGAACUCAAAUCCUACUACCCAUCUUUCUAUGUCCCAUUUUUAGAACCCUAACUUUUCAAAAAGAAAAGAAAAAACUCACCAAAUCAAAAGAGAGGAAGUGCUACGCAAAUACAGGAACCAAAAAGGGUUAUAGAGGCUGCUUCAUGCUGUUUCGUUCAGUUCCUUUGCAGUCCUCUUCAGCACAUGCUAAAACAGUUCCUCACAACCUGUGGGACCAGCGCAUCUUGGGGUGCGUGACAAUGGAAGAGUUGGAUGCCUUAUUGGAGGAACUGGAACGCUCCACUCUCCAGGACAGUGAUGAAUCCUCCAGCCCAGCUCCUCUUUCCCUGGAUCAGCAUUCCAGAAAGGAGACUGACCUUGCUGAGACUUCAGGUGUCCCUUCUGUUCAGGAUGAUACAAGUCCCUUGCUGGUACAGCUCGUGUAUACAACCCAUAUCCAGGAGCCCAAUAUCUACAGUGAGGUCCAAGAGCCAAACAAAGCACGGCUGCCUCCUAAAACCUCAGCAGCUGCCCAGCUGGAUGAGCUUAUGGCCCAUCUGUGUGACAUGCAAACCCAGGUUGCAGCGAAAGAAGAUGCCAGCAAGAAGCACUUAGCAAACAAGCAGGAUCAGAAAGCCUCCCUGGACUCAAUGCUGGGGGGUUUGGAGCAGGACCUGCAGGACCUUGGAAUUGCCACAGUGCCCAAGGGCCACUGUGCUUCCUGUCAGAAGCCGAUUGCUGGCAAGGCGAUCCAUGCUCUGGGGCAAGCGUGGCACCCGGAGCACUUCGUCUGCGCUCACUGCAAAGAGGAGAUUGGCUGCAGCCCCUUCUUCGAGCGCAGUGGCUUGGCCUACUGCCCCAAGGACUACCACCACCUUUUCUCCCCGCGCUGUGCUUACUGCGCUGCUCCCAUCCUGGACAAAGUGCUGACGGCAAUGAACCAGACCUGGCAUCCGGAGCACUUCUUCUGCUCGCACUGCGGAGAGGUGUUCGGGGCGGAAGGCUUUCACGAGAAGGACAAGAAGCCGUACUGCCGGAAGGAUUUCUUAGCCAUGUUCUCACCCAAGUGCGGUGGCUGCAACCGCCCAGUGUUGGAAAACUACCUUUCAGCCAUGGACACCGUCUGGCACCCGGAAUGCUUUGUUUGUGGGGACUGCUUCAGCAGUUUUUCUGCUGGAUCCUUCUUUGAACUGGACGGACGUCCCUACUGUGAGCUGCAUUACCACCAGCGCCAAGGAACACUGUGCCGCGGGUGCGGGCAGCCCAUCACCGGCCGCUGCAUCAGUGCCAUGGGCCACAAGUUCCAUCCUGAGCACUUUGUCUGUGCUUUCUGCCUGACACAGUUGUCAAAGGGCGUCUUCAGGGAGCAGGAUGACAAGACCUACUGUCAACCCUGCUUCCACAAACUCUUCCCACUGUAAUCUCAGCUGACCCCACGGUCCCCGCAGAUGCCCUGUAAAGUUUAAACCAGGAGAGCGAAGAGUACUCUGUUAUCACCGCUCUUCUCAGUGGGCAUAGAGAGAAAGUAAAUAGAUCUAGAAAGAACCUUCUAGAUGUUACAUGGCUAGGCUUGCAGUCUUAGGUUUUAGAUUUCUAGUCUUUUUUUUUUUUUUUUUUAAAUCGGGUACUUGGAUCUAGAUCUAGGUCCUGCUGUUAGUGCCUCUGCAGAUGCGUCUUCCACAUGCACACAUUUAUUUCACCGCUGGUUUUCUCCCAUUUUCACCCCAGGGACGACCCUGCCCAUGUCUUCUCUCCUGUGGCCCUCAUAACUGGGCCCUUUCACACCUCCCUGGUUUCCCUCUGGGACUCACUUUCCUUUGACCGCUGCAUUAUCCUUGCUGUCAGCAGUCCUGAGGCCCCUCCCAAGUUCCCUUCAUCUCUCUUCAGUAUAUUUCUCUUUUUCAAGAGGAUGUCGGUUUUAACUGGACUACUUUGAGUACCAACAUCACUGAUAAAUAAAACGGCUUUUAGUUUUAAUGUCUUGCUGUCAUGUUUAGAGAUAAACUUCCGCUUCCUGGGUUAUAUACUAGGUACUAUGUGCAAUUAAAUUCACAUCAUAUCUCUUGUUUACUUCCACACAAUAGGCACUUUGUUUUAAUCAAAAGAAAUCGAAAGGAGGGAUUCCUGUUCACUAAGUUUUCUCUUAAUCUGGGCCCUUAACAUUCAUUUCAUCUUAGUUUUUGCAUUGAGGUGAUUGAAUCAUCUUAAAAGAUGGCAAAGCUCCUUAAAAUUGUUUUUGUCACUUUGUUCUUGCGGUUUGUGGGUUUGAGCCCCAAGUUGGUCUCUGUGCUCACAGCUCAGAGCCUGGAGCCUGCUUCUCCCUCCCUUUGUUUACCUAAAGUGAAAAAACAGAUCUCCACUAGACACUUGAAAAUUCUUAUUUGCCUAUGUAUGCAUUGCUACAAACUCAUAAAAUUGUAUGUAUUAAAUAUGUCCAUUUUUUAUAUCAAUUAUAUCUCAAUAAAGCUUUUUUUUUUAAAAUGAAACAUCUUCCUCAACUUCACAGUUCUCUCAAAAAGACAAGAUAGCUGUUUUAUCUCUCAAGGAAGUUGCUAUGAAGGAUCUUAGAUAUUUUCCAGUUUGGAUUAGGAAAGCCAAGCCCCAAAGACAAUCUCCAUUUAGUUAUUUGUUCCUCUGCAAACUAUCAUAAGUAAAUUUGUGAAAAAGCUUGUCAGCUAUUAAAGAAAUCUGACUUUCUCAUGCCCUAUUUCAAGUAAACUUCAGAAUGAGUCCUUCCUCAAAGGAGAUAUUGAUAUUGAUAUCUGUACUAUGUCUUUCUUACCAUGGUCUUAAAAUAAUUGUGUAAUUACUU